AUGGAAACUGACAGUGAUCCAAAGGCAAACCCACCCAAAAGGCAGAUCUUUAUACUCUCCGGCCAAAGCAACAUGGCCGGUCGCGGCGGUGUAAUCAAGAACCCCCACCACACUCCCAACAAGCGUUGGAACGGUCUCAUUCCGCCUGAAUGCAGUCCCGACCCUUCCAUCCUCCGUUUCAGCGCGGCCCUCAAAUGGGAACAAGCACUCGAGCCCCUCCACGCCGACAUUGACACCAAGAAAGUCUGCGGCGUCGGUCCAGGCAUGGUGUUCGCCAACGCAAUACGGAAGUCUGUACCCGGUGAGUUAGGUCUCGUUCCCUGCGCUGUUGGCGGCACUGCAAUAAAGGAAUGGGCACGCGGGGAGGAAUUGUACGAAAACAUGGUCAAGAGAGUCAAAGAAAGCGUUAAGGGAGACGAAUAUGCAGAGAUCAAAGCGUUGUUGUGGUACCAAGGAGAGAGUGACACAUCCAGUGAACAUGAUGCAGAGGCUUACAAACUCAACAUGGAGAAUCUCAUCCACAAUGUUCGUCAAGAUCUAGAUUCUCCCUCGCUUCCAAUCAUUCAGGUUGCAUUAGCGUCGGGGUUUGAAUACAUUGAGAAAGUGAGAGAAGCCCAGAAAGGGAUUAAUAUUCCGAAUGUGGUUUGUGUUGAUGCCAAGGGAUUGCAAUUGAAGGAAGAUAAUCUUCACUUGAACACAGAAGCUCAGAUUAAAUUGGGACACAUGCUGGCUCAGAGUUUUGUUACUGUUUUUCAGAAGUCAACAGUUGAGUCCUAG